AUGUUAUCUACUGGAGAGGCACCGCCUCAAGAAAACGUCCCUACCUCCGCCUGCGACUUCGAGAAUCACAAUCCGCUCAACCCCGACGCGGCAGCAUCUGCAAGUCCAGUAGAACCUUUCAGGUUCAUGGAUCUUCCACCAGAGAUCCGAGAGAAAGUCUAUCAGAUUGCUUCACCUGUCCCCAUUAACAACACGACAAUCAAGGUGGGCGCCUACCAGACGACGAUGCCAAAACGCUACGCUCUGGCACAGGCGAGCCGUGUCUUGCGGCAGGAAGCACUGGCUGUGUACUUCUCCAAGACGACCUUCAUCUUCCGCAUCUCAAGUCGCAAAUGCUCCGCCAGUCACGGCUGGGUUGAUGCUCAGAAUGAAGUCGCGGUGUCGUGCAUGCGGAAGAUUGAGCUCUUGCACCACUCAAACGUCGAUCAUGGAGACGAUUGGCAUCGAGCUAAGAUCCAAGUCGACAUACUCAGAGGCACAGUCGUUCUGGACGAGGGAUCCUUCGCAUCAUGCGAUAAGUGCAUCAAGGAAGAGGUGGUGCCGAAGAUUGUCAAGCAGAUUCAAGAGGUUGUCGGUGGCAUCGAAGCGGCUGAUGGGAGGAAGCGUCUGACUAAGAACGUGCUCGACAACAUCGUCCGGCUGGCACACGGAGUGUGUAUACCAUGA